AUGGACUUGUACCUUGAAUUCGAGCAGGAGAUGCUGCUGAAUGUGAUGAAUGAAAACAGCCUCACAAUCACCUCAAAAGGCAUCGCCAAUGACCGCCUGCUGUUGAAUCUGGUGCGCGUCUUCUCUACCUCAUGCAAACUUGUUCUGGUAAUUGGCGCCGAUCAACCCGAGGAGGAAAGUGUCAUCAUGCAGAUGACGGAGAUUCUGGAAAAGCAGUCUUCGAAUGAUGUCGACGAGAAUUACGUUCCUCCAAAGCGAAUUGUCUGUGAGCCUGGUCAGGCGGCAAAUCGUCGUGAUAUUUACCUCUCCGGCGGUGUGAUGUUUAUCACCACUCGUAUUCUCGUCGUUGACAUGCUCACCAAGCGACUGCCUUUCGAAGCCGUGACCGGUUUUAUCGUCGUGAAUGCCCAUCGAGUGCUCAAAGAUUGUCACAUGUCCUUUAUUCUGCGGCUCUUUCGCUUGCACAACAAGACUGGCUUUAUCACGGCAAUGUCGCAGAAUGCACAAGCCUUUCUCGGCUCAUUCGCUAAGCUGGAGCGCAUCAUGCGAAAGCUCUUUGUCACAAAAGUUUUCCUAUGGCCUCGAUUCCACGCCGCCAUCAACAACUCACUUUCCACGCGACUGAUUCCCGAAGUGAUUGAGGUGAAUAUUCCCAUGACUUCGGCGAUGGAGCAAAUUCAGUUUGCACUGAUGGACCUCAUUUCAAAGUGCGUCAAGGAGCUGAGCAGCAUGAACUCCUUCAUCUACUCGAGCUCUAUGAGCUUGGAAACUAAGGACACCGAGAAUGAGGAUGCCCUCACUACGAUCAAUGUCAUCGCAAAGAGCUUCAACAAAAUUGUUCGCGCCCACCUCGACUCAGUUUGGUUUCAGCUGUCUCCUCGAGCUCGGCGACUGAUUCGUGAUAUUCGCCAGCUGAAGACGCUUCUCUUCCACCUCACUGAACUUGACGCUGUGCAAUUUUACAGUGAACUGAAGCACAUUCGAGAUAAGGUCAGCAUUGACUCCAAUCCGGCUGAUUGGCUCUUCUGGGGACCGACUGACACCUUGUUCAAAGUGGCUGAAGAGAGGGUUUUCCUCGGCAUCAGCUCAGCGGGGAAACGCGACUACAAUAUUGAAAUUAAUCCAAAGCUCGAAGAACUGGAUAAAACAUUAAAUGAAAUCGAAGAGGAGUUUUUAAGUGGCAUAAAAAAGAAGCGCUCCCGAGUGAGUGAUGGCGAAGAUGGUGACGGCCAGACGUUUGAGCCGAUUGAUUCAGACGCAGUGCUGGACAUCAUCAUCGUCGUGGAGAAUCGCUAUUCCAGUCUUCAAAUCGACGCCUUUCGCGACAAAGGCAUGAGCGUCGUCUUGUCUGACAUGAAGAACAAGUGUGAUCUACUGUGCGACAACAAACUGAUGAAGGCACUCUUGAAAGACUCCGCCAAGCCAACAAAAGCGGGCCGCCUUCGUAGCAAUGCAGUGGAAGAGUUUGAGGAGCAGCUGACGCUGACGCAGAUGCUGGCGCAGUACCAGACCGAGGAGGAGACCAUCAGUCGGAAGCACAACCGCCUGCGACUGAACUACUUCGAGUGGGGCGGCGACAGCAACUGCGCCCUCGGUCUGAAGCAGAUGCUCGCCGCCAUUCAGCCGAGGCACGUCCUCCUCUACGAGCCGGAGAUGGCCUGCAUUCGCCAGGUGGAGCUGUACCAGGCGCUGUACGGCGCCCGGUUGCAGGCAAAGUACGGCGGCGUCCUUCGCGUCCACUACUUCAUCUACGUCGGCUCGGCGGAGGAGCAGCGCUACCUGCGCAACCUGCAGCUGGAGAAGGACUCCUUUGAGCGGCUGAUUGAGGAGAAGGCGAAGCUGGCGAAGGCGAUGGACGGCGAUGGCACCGCCGGCCUCCACCCUGAUCUCAUUCGCGGCUCGCAGCCCUUUCUCCACCCGGAGGAGAAGUCAGGCGGCGGAGGCGGCAGUAGCUCUCGAAUGGGCGGUGGGGGAGCUGCCGUCCAGACGAGCAGUGAGGCGGUGGUGCGCCAGGUGCUGGUGGACAUGCGCGAGUUUCGCUCGCUGCUGCCCUCCUGCGUCCACAAGAUGGACAUUGAACUGGAGCCGGUGACGCUGGAGAUUGGCGACUACGUCCUCUCGCCGGACACCUGUCUGGAGCGCAAGUCGGUCGCCGAUCUAAUUGGCUCACUCAACAACGGCCGCCUCUACUCGCAGGCGCAGGUGAUGACGCGCUACUACAAGCGGCCGCUGCUGCUGAUCGAGUUUGACGAGCCGAAGUCCUUCAACUUCAAGGCCCGGUACUGGAGCUCGGCGCAGCACGCCGGCGGCGCCAGCAAUCCCUUCACCACCUCCUCACGGCCCAGUCCACUGCUGCAGCUGUCCGUCCUGGCGAUUCACUUUCCGCAGCUGCGCUUCAUCUGGUCGCCCUCGCCCGCCUUCAGCGCGGAGAUCAUCGACCAGCUGAAGCAGGGCAAGGAGGAGCCCACCAAGGAGCGGGACAUUGUCCGCACCAGUCAGCAGUCGGCGGCGGGCGGCGGCGGUCAGGGCGAGCUGCCCAUCGAGUACAUCACCGACCGGUACGACAUUGAGGCGAAGGAGUUUCUCUUCUGCCUGCCCGGCGUCACCUCGGCCAACAUCUACUCGAUCAUGAACCAGGUGAAGUCACUUGCCGCCCUCGUCGACCUCUCCAUCGAGGAGCUGACGGAAAUAAUGGAGAGCAGCGUUCACGCAACGAUGCUGCACCGGGCGCUGCACAGCAAGCUGGUCAUGCCCUCCGAGUCGGAGAUGGAGAAGGAGAAGGCAAAGGCAAAUGCGAAGAAGCGAUUUGCCUACGCUCGAAAGAAGCCCGCAGCCAAGUGA